UCGAGAACGUUUUUAGUCACAACUGUUUGUCAUUUUGUUUGGAUUUUUACUGGCAAUUUUUACUUUUUUCUGGCAAUCUUCACUUAAUCAACUUAAUUGGUGGUAAUCCUCUCCAAGCAAAAGCUUAUGACAGUGUAAUAAUUUAUUUUUCUGAUAUUGUUGUUUUACUGCACUUUCUGCUUUAUCUACCCCUAUGCAAGUUGUUGCCCUUCGAAAUGAUCUCUACUUAGCUUUUGAUAGCGUUGUUGAUAACUUUAAAGUUUAUAAAGUUGAAACUAUUGGGGAUGCUUAUUGGUUUGGAGAGAUGAUCAUGCUUCUCAAAUUGCACAAGGAGAUAGAUAAUUUUUGCAAAUAAAAAUUAAAAUAUUUUUAGAUGUUUCUUGCUUUAUUACAUAAAGUCAAAAAUUUUACAAUAAGACAUAGACCCAAUGCACAAUUAAAAUUAAGACUUGGAAUUCAUUCAGGCAAAAAAUAAUUAAUUUACAAAUUAAUUUUCCCCUCUUUUUAGGUUUUGUUGUAGCCGAACUUGUUGGAUCUAAAAUGCCUAGGUAUUGUCUGUUUGGGGAUACAGUAAAUACUUCAAGCAGAAUGGAAAGCAAUGGAUUACGUAAAUAAAGAUUUUUUAUAACCAGUUCUUUUUUAACGCUCUUCGUAUCCACGUGUUGUAUCCACGUUUCUUCUGAUACAAGAGAAAUUCUUGAUAAAGAUUCAGAUUUUCAAUUAGAAUUACGUGGUGAAGUAGAAAUGCAAGGAAAGGCAAACAAACCACUCAUUGGC